AUGGCAAUGAACAGAACAUUCAAUCCUCUCACCCACAGUCCAGUGAAGACAUCAACCACACUCCCACAUCGCACAACCUUCGUCAGCCACGCCAGGACACCAAUCCUCUCACCCACAGCCCAGCCACGUCAUCAACCACGCUCCCACAUCGCACAGCCAUCGCCAGCCACGCCAGGACAUCAAUCCUCUCACCUCCAGCCCAGCCACGUCAUCAACCACGCUCUUACAGCGCACAGCCAUCGCCAGCCACGCCAGGCCAUCAACCCUCUCACCCACAGCCCAGCAACGUCAUCAACCACGCUCUUACAGCGCACAGCCAUCGCCAGCCACGCCAGGCCAUCAAUCCUCUCACCUCCAGCCCAGCCACGUCAUCAACCACGCUCUUACAGCGCACAGCCAUCGCCAGCCACGCCAGGCCAUCAACCCUCUCACCCACAGCCCAGCCACGUCAUCAACCACGCUCUUACAGCGCACAGCCAUCGCCAGCCACGCCAGGCCAUCAACUCUGUCACCCACAGCCCAGCCACGUCAUCAACCACGCUCUUACAGCGCACAGCCAUCGCCAGCCACGCCAGGCCAUCAACCCUCUCACCCACAGCCCAGCCACGUCAUCAACCACGCUCUUACAGCGCACAGCCAUCGCCAGCCACGCCAGGCCAUCAACCCUCUCACCCACAGCCCAGCCACGUCAUCAACCACGCUCUUACAGCGCACAGCCAUCGCCAGCCACGCCAGGCCAUCAACCCUCUCACCCACAGCCCAGCCACGUCAUCAACCACGCUCUUACAGCGCACAGCCAUCGCCAGCCACGCCAGGCCAUCAACCCUCUCACCCACCGCCCAUGUGUAG